AUGCAUGUCACCGGAUUCAUCGAGGGUGAGGAUGAAGAUGGUGUAUGCGAGCUCAAAGGACAGGUUCAAGAGAGAGUUGGAUGGGAUUCAGGUGGAGUUACAAGCCACAGAUCCGAGCGAGAUGAGUCUCGACAUCAUCAAAAGUCGAGCUCUCUAGAUUUCAUAUUUCUAUCAUAUAUAUCCAUAAGUGCACCAUCAUCAUCAUUCAAAGAAGAUCUCCAUGUACCAACUGGAACAAGCAAUGGGAGAUGCUCCAACCUUAACCGACAUUGCCCAAGUUCUUGCUAA